GACACGAUUAUCUCUACUCUGUGGUUAAAUGUGGUUGUGAACGAAGGAGGGACGAGAUUCUCAUAAUUAAGGUUGAGAUUUGGAUGUCGUUGUGUGAGUUGGGAGGGUGAUCGAAUGGGCUAUUAACACGUAUUGACAAGUCGGUUGGGUCCACGGUUUGGUCCGGUAAACCGCGGUCUAGACCAGACCAGACCAAGAGAUCAAAACAUAAAAUAAACCAGACCAUGGACCAGACCAGACCAUACUUAACGGUCUACGGUCCAGACCAAACUGUGCGGUACGAUUUGGACCACGGUUUUUCUAACGGUCUGAUCUAUUUUCCCAGCCCUAAGCACAUUAAUUAACCGAUAAGCAUUGAUAUCAAACAUAAACUUCUGACUUCUGCCAAUUUUUAGGUACAUUAAGACGCCAGCCUCUUUACACAAGAAAUCCCUCAAUUGGGCAAAAUCUAAAUCCCUAGUUAACGAACCUCUAUACUAAGAGUUAACCCUAGACAGAAAAAAUCUGCCAAUUUCUAGCUAAGAGCCCUAAUUAACACGCCACCAACUUACACAAAGCUUUCCCCUAAUCACCCCCAAAGUUCCAGAUAAUGGGUAAAGCUUAUCAAAACUAGAAAGUAAUGAUUGUAAGUGUCUAAUUUCCAAUUAGGAAGUCUUAAUUAAUGAGAUUUUAGAGGGAUCUCUUUAAAGUCUAAGCGCGAUUCUCAGUAUUAGGCCUCUCUAUUUAUACUCCAAAACUGUUCACAACUUGUUGCACACUAACACACAAGUAAAAAGUCUUAUAGUUACUACCAGAAGAAGUAUGAGAGUUAUCAUGGCUGUGUUGGUGUUUGCGAUUUCUUUGCUCGUGCUUAUGUCUCCCUCCUCCUCUUUUGCCGCCGCUACUGCUUCAGGAUCGGGGUACGAGGCGAAAGUGGGUUCAAACAUUUUGUACUGUGAGCAUCAGUGCCACGGCUGUACUCCUUGUGUCCCGGUGGUCGUCGUCCCCGGUCCACCGUCGUCGUCGAACGUGGCCGCCGGCAGUGGGAAUAAUGAAGAAGGCUAUACGCAGUACGAGCCAGUGGUGUGGAAGUGCGAAUGUAGACCGACGGAUGAUGGCGGGAUGGCUUGAUUUGGAGUACCGGUCUCUAGCUGGCGACUCUAGCUAACCAAUAUGUUGUUAUCUUUUUGAUGUUUAGCUUUUGGAAUAACACGAAUUUGGCUUCUACUGAUGAAGUUCUUUAAGUGUUUCGUGGGAUUAUGUUAUCGUUUAAAUGGAAGACUCAUCUCUUGUGAAGAUUGCCAAUGCAAUAAGGAUAAACUUUUGGGAUGUUACGAAAUUAAUCAAAUUAAAAUUUAAUC